GGCACGUCGCUACGGCAUCAACAUGACCGAGUCCCUUCCUGCCGAGUCCCUUUCCACCGCGCCCGUCUCGCCAAAAGCCGCGCCACUCCCGCCUCUACCUGCAUCAGACCCCUUCACGCCGGCGCAAUGGAAGACACUACUCGCUAUCGCAGAUGCAUGCGUUCCCGCCAUCAAGCCCAUAUCCCAGGCCAACACACAGACAGAGCUGGCUGUCUCGGAUCAAGAGUACGCGGCUGCCGUGGCCAAGUUAAAGGCGCUCACUCCUCAAGAUGAUCCUGAUGCGGGGAACAAUGCGAAAGAGUACUUAGCAGUUUCGGCGACGUCAAACCCGGCAUUCAAGGAGGAGCUGCACAGGAUCUUCGCGUUGUAUAUGCCUCAUGACACAAAGACAAAGAUUGGUAUGGUGCUGAAUAUACUGAAUACCCGCGCUGGCUCAUACGCGCUCACCGGCUAUGUAACGCCCAUCAGCGAACAACCAGCACACAUAUGCGAGUCCAUCCUCCGCAGUUGGGCCACUUCACGUCUGGGACCCCUUCGCCAACUGCACGGCCAACUUACCAUCCUCACCAAGCAAACCUUCGUCAAGCUCACGCCGUCUCUGCGCCGCAUACUCGGCUUCCCACGCGUGUCGAUUGGUAUGAGGACCGGGAAGGGCUACGAUUACGAGUUCAUCCAGAUUCCGCCAGGCGAGGAGGCCGAAAUCAUCGAGACAGAUGUCGUCAUCAUCGGCAGCGGCUGUGGCGGUGGUGUAUGUGCGAAGAACCUUGCAGAGGCUGGGCAGCGGGUGCUCGUAGUGGAGAAGGCGUACCACUACACUCCAGAUCAUUUCCCUAUGUCAGAGGCUACUGGAAUGCACCAUCUAUUCAUGAAUGGAGCGUUGAUGAGCGCGGACGACGGCUCGAUCAGCGUUAUAGCCGGACAGGCAUUUGGCGGAGGAGGUGUAAUCAACUGGAGCGCUUCACUGUUGACUCAGGGCUACGUACGUCGCGAAUGGGCGGCGCGAGGGCUGCCGUUCUUUACGUCUGCCGCGUUCCAGGACUCACUCGACCGUGUGUGCGGCCGUAUGGGCGUCUCGGCCGACCACAUCAAGCAGAACCGCACCAAUGAGAUACUGAUGGAGGGCGCGCGCAAACUCGGAUACUCGCACAAGGUCGUCCCCCAGAACACGGGCGGAAGCCAACACCACUGCGGCCACUGCUCGUUUGGCUGCGGCUCGUGCGAAAAGCAAGGCCCAUCCGUCUCCUAUCUCCCCGAUGCGGCGCGAGCAGGCGCAAAGUUUCUCGAAGGUUUCCAUGCGGAGAAAAUUGUGUUCUCGAACCAGGGCGGCAAGCAAGUCGCUACCGGCGUCAGAGGGACGUGGGUGGCGCGCGACACCAACGGUGGGGUUGCAGGCGAGCCGCUUGCAACCCGGAAGCUCAUCAUAAGAGCAAAACGCGUCAUCGUGUCCGCGGGCACAAUGCAGAGCCCCCUGCUUCUCUUGCGGUCCGGGUUGAACAAUGCGCAGAUCGGGCGAAAUCUCCAUUUGCACCCAGUCAUGUUCCUUGGUGCGAUCCACGAGGAGGAAGUCAAGCCCUGGGAAGGCGCAAUCCUGACGUCUGUCGUCGGCGAGUACGAAAAUCUCGAUGGCGCCGGCCACGGCGUGAAGCUUGAAGCAACAAACAUGAUUCCAUCGUCGUGGCUCGUGUGGCUCAACUGGUUGGGGGGUCUGCAGUAUAAACUCGAGGCUGCGAGACUAAAACACAUGGUAGGCUACAUUUCCAUUUGUCGCGACCGCGACACAGGACGCGUUUAUCCCGACCCCGUGGAUGGGCGUGCGCGGGUGCAGUACUCGGUGUCCAAGUUCGAUAAGAAGCAUAUCGUCGAAGGCCUUGUGGCACUCGCGCAGAUCCAGUACGUACACAACGCGUCGGAGAUCUUCACUGUGGUGCCCGGUAUGCCUCCUUUUAUCCGUGACCCUGCCAGUCCAGCUGGAGACGGUAUCAACGACGCGCGGUUCCAGGCUUGGCUUGAAGAGAUCAGGACGAGAGGCUUUCCGGCGCCGGAGAGUAUGUUUCUGUCUGCGCACCAGAUGGGGACGUGUCGGAUGAGUGCACUAGCACGGGAUGGUGUCGUUGACCCCAAAGGACGCGUUUGGGGUGUGGAGGGCUUGUUUGUUGCAGAUGCCAGUGUAUUCCCAAGUGCAAGUGGUGUCAAUCCUAUGGUCACGAAUAUGGCGAUUGCAGACUACAUUUCGAGAGGUAUCGCGAAAGGUUUGGAGGGGAGUGCCAGGCUCUAGUCUUGGUAUGCAGACACAUAUACUUGAUAAUCGGACAUGGCUGCU